GACGUGGAGUUUAGGGCUACUCAGUCCACCAAAUCUCGUCCAAUCGUCACUUGCCCUGGCAUAGCCUCACCUUGCCACAUUGCGCCUCUAUCUACUCAUCCGCAUCGUCUGUCCUCGCGAUGGCUGCCGCCUUGUAUAACAUGGCGCUGCGCCAGGCCUCGUCCAUCCAAUCGGAUCUCACACGGUUGGAGUCGGAGCACCCCACAUCUUCCACGUCCGUAGCUCUUCAGGGCCAAAUAGCGGCGUCUCUAUCGUCCUUCACGAGGACAGUAGAGGACUAUGAGUCGAUGUCAAAACGAGAGGUGAAUGAAGUGAAGCGGGAGAAGGCAUUGGGAAGGGUCAAGAAGUUCAGGGAAGAUGAGAAGGAGGUGAGGGCCAACCUGAAGCGGAUAAAGGAGAGGGACCCUUCCACAUGGUCCGGGGGCAACACAGGCGUCAACGGAGGAGCAGCCUCAGCCUCGUCAUCAUCGAUGCAGAACGGUCCCUACGGGGCUUACGGAUCAAGCUCUGCGCGAGCUACAUCGGCGGCUCACCUAGAGUCGCCGUUCUCAUUGCAUGCCCGCAACAACACUUCAGCAGCCAACGCCUACGGUACACCGAUCCAGCAAGGGCAGCAGAAUGACCCUUUAGCGGCCUAUAAGAUGAAUGCGUCAGCUCAAGCCAUGUUCGGAGGCGCAGGUGGUGGGGAUGGCUACUCAGCGAGAGAGGGACAUGCUCUACGAGAGCAUUCCUUCAUUCAAAAUACAGAGCAACAGCUGGAUGCCUUCAUUGCCCAAGGCAGAGAGGUGUGGGGCAAUCUGACGGAGCAAAGAGACAUUCUGAAAGGGACACAGAGAAGGUUACUCGAUGCCGCCAACACAAUGGGACUAAGUCGGAACGUCAUCAAUGCCAUCGAGAGGCGGUCUACGCAGGACAACAUCAUUUUCGCUGUUGGAGUCAUCUUCACCCUCGUCUGCUUCUUCUACAUAUACAAAUGGUUCGGAUGAGUCACGCGUCUUGCUAUUGCGUCCUCGCCGAUUACUUUCGUAGACAUUAUGUUCAUAUCGUCGUCGUUCCUCAAUGAUACCACCUUCUUGUACUACUUGCCUCUCCGUGCCCUUGCGAUGCCCUUGUGGUCAGGCUUGUGGCACCACCUAAUUGAGACAGCUCCACGAAUGCGAGUCGGAGCUAAGCCCUUCUCCGAAGCUGCCUCACUCAAGGUAUGCGGAAUGUCGUUCUCCAAGCCUUGAG